ACCCAUGUUUGUACAUCCCCCGAUUUGCCUACAAGCUAGAAUUUGAUACGAAGACUCAUGAUGUUUCAAUGACAGCGUUACGAUUGGUCCAGAGAAUGAAGAGAGAUUGGAUGCACACUGGUCGUCGACCUUCAGGACUCUGUGGUGCAGCAUUGUUAGUAGCAGCUAGAAUCCAUGAUUUUUGCCGAACUGUAAAAGAUAUUAUUAAAGUUGUCAAAGUCUGUGAAGCUACUAUCAGAAAAAGGCUAACAGAGUUUCAAGACACACCAUCAAGUCAACUGACAAUCGAUGAGUUUCAUCGAAUAGAUCUAGAGGAGGAACGAGAUCCACCCUGUUAUAUUCAGAGCAAGAAAAAAGCUAAAAUACACCAGCUAGAAGAAGAUAAUAAAUUAGGAGAUCUAACAGAUGAAGUCAGUAAUAUUCAGGAUGAAAUAGAAAAAUCACUAGAAGCCAAACGACCAAAAGGAGGCAUUUAUAGUGCUUAUGCCAAAGUGGACGAAAGUUCUGCUCCAUCCACCACAGUGACAGUUGAGGUAGAGGCUGCUUCAGAAUAUCUAGAAAAAACAGUAUUAGGUGAUAUAAUGAAUGGUGAAUUAAACAGUGAUCAUACAAACAAUAGUAUAAACUCUGAGGGUGAGGAGACUACAUCGUUAGAACGGUUUCGUGCCCAAGGCCUGACCCCCACGGCAGCUAGUCUAGGUAUAACAGAAGUAGUGGAAUCGUGUCUCAAUGAAACAGAAACUAAAGACUCACCAGACAACGAUACAGAUGGAGUUCUAGAUUUAACUGGUAUAGAUGAUGAUGAACUAGAAAAGUUAUUAUUGAAUGAAGAUGAAGUAAAAAUAAAGACAGAUAUUUGGAUGAAAGCCAAUGAAGAUUAUUUAAAAGAACAGAAAGAAAAAGAAGAGAAGAAAGCUUUAGAGGAAGCUGAAGCAGAAUUAAAACCUGAAAAAAAGAAAAUAAAGAAAGUUCGAAGGAAGCCACUAUCAGAAGCCUCCAGCGCUAAAGAAGCUAUAUCAAUGUUGAUACAGGAGAAAAAACUGUCCAAUAAAAUAAACUACGAUGUUUUAAACGAUUUGGUGAAACCAGAAGAUAUCAAAAGUAGUCCAUGCCCAUCUCCUUCGCCUUCUGUUACCAUGUCACCACGACCUCAUUCUAACAGUAGUCUUAUAAACAGGUUUAAACGACCAAGUUUUAGUUUUGAAUCCAGUUUAGAUAUGGACGUAGCAAGUAAGAGAGCUAAACUAACAGCCCCUACUAUCAAACCAUCAUUACCUAAACAAGAUACAGUAGUAGAAAAAGGCCCUAUACAAUAUAAUAAUAAAGAAGAUGAAGAAGAAGGAGAUUACUAUGAAGAAGAGGAAGAGGAAGAAGAUUGCAAUAUGUCUGCUGCUAAAUUAAUGGGUCAUAGUACAGAUGUAAAUUAUGAAGAUGAAGUUGAUUAUGAUUAUGAUGAUGAUGAUUGA